UCACCUGCACAGAGCUCCACACCUCCUCCCGCCCGCAGCUGCACUCGCUCCCCAGCAGCAGCAGCCUGUAGUCGGACCCCUCUCCUCUCCUCUCCUCUCCUCUCCUCAUGGUCCGCUGCUCCCCUCUGCUCCGCACACCAUGAGUAAGUCCAGCACGCUCAAAGUCAAGAGUCUGUUCAAGUUGAAGUCACCUGAGAAGGAGAGCAAGGAGCUCCAGCGCGCGGCGACCCUCAGAGAUGGAGCUGCCGCCGGCCACAAAGACAUGUCCGGGACGGUACCGACGAGCCCCGGUCCCCUCAGCCCGGGAGACGGCGUCACGCCGCCCGAAGAAGCGUCGCCCGUUUCCCCGAAAGAUAAGAAGAAGCGACGGCUGCUGUCGUUCAAGCUGAAACGGAAGAAAUCCAAGAGCAAAACUGUGGAGGGGGACGUGUUUUUCCCUGAGACUGAUGAACUGGACAGUUUCAGCCGACCCAUGAGCUUCGACCAGAUGAGCAUUGCCACAGAGUGCAGUUUCCGCACUGAGCCGGACUGGGACCCUCAGUUGGAUUCCACCUCCAUGAUCAGCUUCGACAUGACUCAUCCAAACAGCCAGAUUUCACCCUCCAAACUUUCCAAGAAUUCGGAGGAGAAGCGAGGAGUGUUAGAUCGCCUCAGCAGCUUCUUCAACAAGAGAAAGAAGAGCAGUAGCAGGCACCAUUCAGAUGCCUCCAACGAUGCACGCUCCCCAGCAUCCCCCUUGUCUUCGCGUUCAACGCAGUCUGAGGAUGAGGAGGAUGGGCAAAAGACACCAACCCCUUCUCGAAAAGCUAGCGAGCUGCCCCUUUAUGGCGAGGCCAAGACGGGAGCAGAGCAGGGCAAUGCCCGCAGCCAAUGCUCCAGUCCCAGCGCCUCGAGCACAGUCUCUCUGUUGACAGAUGACGCAGAUCUCCCAUUCGCUGACAGUAACAGCAGCGGCCGCAGCAGUGUGAGGGAGAUAAAUGUGUGCAGGAUCAGCACAGCCAGCGGUGAAAGGAAUUCUGGGAAUGUGACUCCCGCCACUCGGAAACUUGCUUCUACCACCCAUCCAAGUGCUGAUUCAGGCACAGAAAUAGGCUUUGCAGAGUCAGUGGUGGAGGAAGUAAACAAGAAGCUGCAGGUUAAUUUAGAAGAACGCAUCCAGACAAAUGCAAAGGCUUCCACCAAGGACAGUACAGUUAGAUCGACCACACGGAAAACCCCACUUCCCAAAACAGCUGAGGGUCCAAAGUCACCUAAUUUAACUUCUAUAAGCUUAGCAUCAAAGAAAAGCUCUGUGAAAGUUGGAGGGAGGGGGCACAGCACUGCGCUAACAGGAAUACGUUUAGGCUCUCAGUCUUCCACCUCAACGGAAGAAGGAGAAUCUGUAGACAAAGGGAAGGAAAAGUCCAGAGACAGGAGGAGAGGUCAGAUAUUUCUUGAAACUAAACCUAUAGCAUGGGACCAUUCAUGUGAGAGCGGGGAAAUAGCCAGAAGGGAUUCUCCUGUCGGACUCCACAAAGCCAUCUGGGUUGAAACACACAUGGGCGAGGAGGAGACAGUGAUGAGGGAGGGGGAGAAAGAGAAUGAUGCAAUGACAGAAAGGGAGGAGGGCUUCAGAGCAGACUCGCCCCCUGUCUUUGCCAUACCUGUCAUGGUAAUACCUGAGGACGAUUCCAUCUCUCAGGACACUGCAGACGGCCCCUCAGAGACGUUGCCGCCCAGUGGCAGCCUGCCAGAACCUGCCAUCUCCUCGAGAGGGGAGUUCCAAACAAGCUCGCCGCCGCCAGAGGAGCCUGACGCCGGUACAGACUCACAGGAAAGUUCCCUCCCGGAGAGGCGCAAGUCGAGAGAGGUUCGCAUCACACGCAAGACUGUGAAUCUGCCUUCAAAGCACAAGGUUUUUGCUGAGAAGGUGUACGUUAGCGAAGAGCCGGGUUUGGAGGACAACGAACUGACGGGAGAGGAGUGCAGCAGAGAUUCAGCUUCAAAGGAUUCAGAUACAACAGAAGUCCAACUAGCGCCAAGUCUCCAAAACAACGACCAUGCAGAACUCAAGGACGCCGACCUAGAGCCAUUCACGACAACAGAUGAGACGCCGCUCACUGACACAAACACUCCUGAACUUCUAGGUGAAGAAGAAGCAGACUCUGAGUCCUCCAACAUUGAUGACACCUCUGCUCCUUCAGACAUGUACAAAGCAAAGUCACAAGCGUCCGGGUCUGGGAUAAGAGGCAAAGAGACAAAUCAAGCUACACCCUCCAAACAAGGGCCUAAAGCAGCGACAGAAAGUCGACAUACCACAGCAAGUGGAGCAAAGACCCCAUCCUCUGUAGCCGGAAGCAAGACCAAAAAUGUCACAACAAAGGCCAAGGUCUCCACAGAGGCAACAAAAGUGGGAACUUCCAGUGAUAUUCCACUACCGAGGGAACACAGCAGUGAGAAAACGGCUUCUAUGUUACCAACAUUAAAAAACCAAAGCACUAACGGUUCCUCAAGCGCAGAGACUUCAAAGUCCAAAAUCCCUAAAAGGUCAUCAUCAGAUGCUGAUGUGAAAUCACCAGUGACACCAGAUAAAACAUCAGUGACCGACGCCUCAGUGGUUACCUCCAAACUACAAAAGCAACCUCGAACCAAAGAAUCUCUAAAAUCUUCCAUCAGUCCAACCAAAGCUGUCAGGAAACCAAGUUUUGAGGAAGCUAAGGGAGGGAAACCUGAGGCGAGAGACAUUUCUCCAACAAAAACCACCCACAAGACAGGAACAAAGAUUAUUAAAGAGAAGUCGGAGGACAUUAACCUGGUAAAUGGCGUGGCGAGAGACUAUAGCGAGAGAAGUGAAAGCCUGGAAGUUCAAAAACAGCCGCAGAACCAUGUGGAAAAUAAUGCCUCCUUGUCAUCAAAGAGCCGGUUACCCAUUACAUCUCCAACAAGAAAGAAUAAUGAUGAUGUAAUGCAAACCGCCGCCACCGGCCACAAAAAUAAUUCAUCCGGUCAGACGGACUCAGACAGACCAAAGAAGAGCUCAGACAAACAGGAAGUACCUGAUGGAGAGAGAGCUGGGAGUGACAGACCUUCCCCUCUACCUGAAAGUCCCACGAAAGGAGGCACGUCAUCAACAAGACCAUUCAAACACCUUUCUAAAGGAAGCAUCAGCCAUGAAGAGGAAGACACACCCACCUCACAUGCCUCUCCUCUGCCCACAUCAAGGUUUUCCAAACAAAGCGAAAACAUCAAACAACAACAAAAGAGUCUAGUGAAGGAUUCAGCUGAUCCCUUCAUAUCUGGGAGCAAACUUCCGACACUGGGUCUGAAAGGCUCCAACAAAAUAAAAGUCGGGAAAACUCAAGAUUCCCAAGAGAAAGGAUCUGAUAGUGUGUUAGCAGAGAAGGACGGUACCAGUGAUGACAGAUUUAAAUUCGAGAGUGUGUCUACAGAAGAAGAAGAACACGUUGUAAAACCGUCAGACACACAGUCUAGUACCUUUGCGUUCAGAAUGAAAGGAAAAGAGACAAGCGAAUUAGAGAGUGCUGCAAUCAAAGAGAUUUCAGAAAUCCAGCCAAUACAAAAGAAUGAUGCGAUUAUCACAGCAAACGCUCAGGUAGACGUAACACCAGGAACAGAGUUAGUAUCCACGUUAUUGUCUAGCAGUGAGGCCGUUAAAGUAAUUCCAGCUCAAUUACCAGUCACUGAUGUAAACAACGCUGAGGCAGAUAACCAGGAAAGACAGCAAGUAAAAAUUGAGUAUUCAGCUGAAAAUGCAUCUCACAUACAAAGUGAAAACACCACACAGGAAAAGCAAACUCAGCGAUCACUAGAAAGUUCUCAGGGAGAAGUAGACAUAUUAAAAACAACCCAGAUAAUAAGUAACGUAACACCAGAUUUAAUUCAGGAGAAAGAGCCACAGCCUGCUGUGGUGGCUCAGGACACAAUACCAGCUCAUGAGCAUGUAACUGAUACGUCAGCUGAACCUGUUGUGGGUGACAGCAAACACCGUGACAUAAUGACCCACUCUGAUGGGGAUGGUGUUUUGCCCGAUAAUGUUUCUCUUAAAGCGAUAGCUGAUCCCCCAAAUAGUCCUCCUUCUGAAUCGGCCUUGAAAGAUGCUGAGCCAAAGGAUGAUGUUGUUGAUGCUGACCUGAAAAAUACAGAGCAGCAAAAGGAAAACAAGUUAUUUAAGGAUCAAACCACAAAUGUCAUUCUUGCAAUUGACAGACCACGAUCCACAUUAGACAGAGAGUCAGUGAAAAAUGUUGAGGUGGAGGAGAAAAGUAAAGAGGAGCUUGGCAAGAAAACACCCAAGGCUUCGGACAUUCAAACAGAGGCUGUGACUGUUUGUGAAUUACCCAAGAAUGUUGAAAAUAAGCCGGACAAAGAGCCUCUUUUACUGGCAGAAAAAUUUGAAAGGCAGAAGAAAGACUCUAAACUGAAAGACGCAGCAGUGGAAAGCACUGACUCACAGAGCAGUCGCAGCGAGGAGCUCAAGGGCAGUGCCAUCAGCGACGAAGCUGAGACAGAUUUUACAAAACCAGAGAAGCCGUAUGAUCUAUCGUCAGAGCAGAAGUGUUUACAGCCCGACUCAAAGGAGGGACAACAGGUAGUUACAGAUACCCUGGAAGAGAAGAGGACAGAGGCAGAGGAAGGAGGAAGUUUAAUUAAUGAAGCUACUUCCAUUGUGGUUGAUACAAAUCAUGAAAGUGAGAUCUUAAAGACAGAAAAUGCAGAGAGUGGCGGCGAGGAAACCCAGCGAGCAGAGAAGGUGAUUAUGACAUCAACAGUGAAAACUGAACAGGAGCCUAAACUACUUGUAACCAAAGAGGAGGUGAGGAACGACAACACAAAUGAGGAGGACAAACAUGCAAAUGAUGUGAAGGAAAGUCAAACUCUAGAAAUGACAGGUGUAAGCACUGAAACGCAGGAUGCUGCAGAUGAUAAAAAAGAGAAGAGUUUAUCAGACGAGAUUUCAAAUGAGACUGUUGACAGUAAUAAAGCAAAUGCCAUCGCUAACCUAGAACAGAAACCGGGGGCACAAAAAGCUCCAGAGAAGACAACAGAAAGCCAUAGUUUGGAUACAACUCAAGAACUGUUAACACUGAGCACUAAAGAUCAGAGUGAUAAAAACUCUGAAGAAAAGACUGAAACGAAGACUUCAUCAGUAAAGACUUUGGAGAAUGAGACUGCUCCUGUGACUGCUAACAGUGAAGUUAACAUCCAACAAGUCCAGAGGUCCAUAGUCGUUGGAGAUGUUGAGGACGUCAGUAAACCAGACAAAAUCAAAUCGACGGAAUCCAAAGUUCCAAAGAUAGAUCAGGAACCAGAGGGAACUAAAGUUCAAGAGAACCAAGAAAUAGGUACAAGUCAAGGACUCAAAUCUGUAAGCAUUAGUACUGAAGGUACCAAAGAACAGACUGAAAUAAAGGAUUCAUCUUUAAAGACUUUGAAUGAGACUGCUAACUUAGAAAUUUGCAACCUCACGGACGAAGCAGAGAAAGGGAAAACAACAGAACCCAAACAUCCAACUUCCAAUCAAAAACCAGAAACAGCACAAGUUUUGAAAAAGACCAAGGGUGUAAAAAUGGACACAACUCAAGAACUUGACUCUAUAAGUACUGAUGCUAAAGAUACCAAAGACAAUACUGAAACGAAGACUUCAUCAGUAAAGACUUUGGAGAAUGAGACUGCACCUGUGACUGCUAACAGUGAAGUUAACAUCCAACAAGUCCAGAGGUCCAUAGUCGUUGGAGACGUUGAGGACGUCAGUAAACCAGACAAAAUCAAAUCGACGGAAUCCAAAGUUCCAAAGGUAGAUCAGGAACCAGAGGGAACUAAAGUUCAAGAGAACCAAGAAACAGGUACAAGUCAAGGACUCAAAUCUGUAAGCAUUAGUAGUGAAGGUACCAAAGACCAGACUGAAAUAAAGGAUUCAUCUUUAAAGACUUUGAAUGAGACUGCUAACUUAGAAAUUUGCAACCUCACGGACGAAGCAGAGAAAGGGAAAACAACAGAACCCAAACAUCCAACUUCCAAUCAAAAACCAGAAACAGCACAAGUUUUGAAAAAGACCAAGGGUGUAAAAAUGGACACAACUCAAGAACUUGACUCUAUAAGUACUGAUGCUAAAGAUACCAAAGACAAUACUGAAACGAAGACUUCAUCAGUAAAGACUUUGGAGAAUGAGACUGCACCUGUGACUGCUAACAGUGAAGUUAACAUCCAACAAGUCCAGAGGUCCAUAGUCGUUGGAGACGUUGAGGGCGUCAGUAAACCAGACAAAAUCAAAUCGACGGAAUCCAAAGUUCCAAAGAUAGAUCAGGAACCAGAGGGAACUAAAGUUCAAGAGAACCAAGAAACAGGUACAAGUCAAGGACUCAAAUCUGUAAGCAUUAGUACUGAAGGUACCAAAGACCAGACUGAAAUAAAGGAUUCCUCUUUAAAGACUUUGAAUGAGACUGCUAACUUAGAAAUUUGCAACCUGACGGACAAAGCAGAGAAAAGGAAAACAACAGAACCCAAACAUCCAACUUCCAACCAAAAACCAGAAACAGCACAAGUUUUGGAAAAAACCAAGGGUGUAAAAAUAGACACAACUCAAGAACUUGACUCUAUAAGUACUGAUGCUAAAGAUACCAAAGACAAUACUGAAACCAAGGACUCCUCAGUAAAGAGUUUAAAUGCUAAAGUUAGCAACCAACAGGAACCAGAAACAGUAAGAACAGAGAAGAGAUCAGAAACUCAAAUUCAAGAACGGGAGGUAGAAAGCAAAAAAGCUCAGCGUGCUGAGGAAGCACAAGAAAAGACUGAAACAAAGGAUCCCUCAGCAAAGAGUUUGGUGAAAGAGGUUGUAAAUAUGAACGUUGACUCUGCAGUUAGAAACCAAGAAGACCAGAAGCCCUCAGUUGAACAUGUGGAGAUAAAGCAACCAGAGAAAAACACGGAUCACUCCACAGACUCUAAGGCUCAUGGAAGUCAAGAACAGGAACCAAAGACUGUGACCAAAGUAUCAACAGAGUCAGCAUCAAAUGUUUCCACAGUCGUUAGUAAGAGUGACAAGAUACAGAAACAGAAAAGCCUCAUUAAAGAACGUCUUCAAGAUGAAAAUGAAGUGAUGAAGAAAGAGGAUAAGCUGAAAAACACAGCAAAGAUAGAUGUCAAGCAAAAGGCAGAACCCAUUUUUGUAAAAGAUGCAGCUAGCAAAACAGUUUAUGGAAAAGAAAAGGAUAAGUCCAACAUUGUCUCAGAUAAAAUACUCAUUAGUACUGAUGCCCAGAAGAAUGAUGAAGGAAUGAAAGAAAAGAUAAAAACAGAUCGUGGUUUGAAACAGGAAUUCCAGGUUUUCAACGGUAGUUCGUCAAAAUCUCCAUCUCAAAGUCAUCAGAUAAAGACUGAAUCUCCAUCAAGCUGGUUGGAUGUGGAACAUCAACAAAAACAGAAGAAGGAAAACAAAAAACGACUAAAUGCGUCAGCCAGUGAAGAUGAAUCAACUGAGCGCGAUGAUUUUGACGAGUUUAUCAGCAGCAUUAAUAAAGGUGGAAUUCCUUUCUCGCUACCUCCAAAGAGGCACAUCCGUAAAAAGUCCCCAUCGCCACCUUUUGCCAUGCCGGCCAUUAAGGAAGAUCAUUUCGAGAGAACAUUCGAUCCUGGGCAAUUCCAGUUUGGCUUAAGGAAAAAUAGCAACAUUUCGAGGGAUCCUUCACCAGCUAUGGUAAUAAAACAAUAUGCAGCCAACAGGAAAGGACGGACCCUGGAAAAACGUGGACAAGAAAAUGCCCUGCCCUCACCUGGAGACAAACAGAAAUCACUUGAUGAGGUGGAAGAAAAAGAUGGAGUCAAAGAGGCGUCCAAAGCUGAAGCAGGAAAAGAAUUGCAAAGCGAGGAGCCUGGAAAGUUAACGUCAAGGCUUGGAAGGAUGUCGAUCCUCUCCAGCUUACUGAGCUCCCCCAGGAAAACCAAAGAGGAAACACCCUCUGCCUUAAAUGGCUCAUUUUCUUUCAAGAAACAACAAGACCUGCCCGCUCCUGGAACGCACGGUGUUGAUUCACCUCUGCCUGGCGUCAGAGCAGAUAAGGAGGGCGUGACGAGUGGAGAUCAAGGCUCUCUUGUGGGUGGUGGUGGUAAUGGUACAUUUAAUGAGUCAGCGCUUAGCUCCUCCUCUCCUCCUUUUCCAACGUUCUCGGAGAUAAAGCUGCCCGAUCAUUUAGAUAAGUACCUCAAGAUGAACAAACAAGAACCCGAGGCUUCCCAGGGCUCCACACAAAUGACUAAAAUGAAACCGAAUCCUGAGGGGGGUGCUGCUAUGGACCAGGCCUUGAUAUCAGGAGCUCCUAAUGUGGAUGUGGCCCUGAGGGACCCCGCUGCACUGCCUCCAACCACCAACUUCAGCCAGCAGACUUCACAAAAUACACUUCCAAGGACUAAGGCAAAGACACCCGCAGUGAGAGGAAUCCACAAAAGACCUGGAAAGAUUGUCGUACACGAACAAGCUCAGUUUGGAGGUGAAGCGAUGGAGUUCUUCUGUGAUGUAGAAGAUGCCACCACGAUGAAGCUGUCCCCUGUCAUCUCAGUCAGAGUCAUCAGAGGAUGCUGGCUUCUCUAUGAGAAACCCGGCUUCCAGGGCCGUGUCAUAGCGCUUGAGGAAGGUCCAACAGAGCACAUAGUGAAUGUAUGGGCGGAUCAGGAGACUCCAACAACACUGGACCAGAAUGGUCAACCUGUUCCAACUGCACCCAUGGUCAUAGGUUCUCUCCGACUGGCAGUGAGGGACUACAGCAUGGCCCGGAUCGACCUGUUUACAGAGGUUAAUGGGAUGGGGAGGAUGUCAUCUUACUGUGAUGAUGUUGUAGAGAUCGGCUCCUAUGCGAUGCCUCAGACCACUGGCUCCAUCAAGGUCCAUUCUGGAGUCUGGCUGGUGUACACCGAUCCAGGCUUUGGAGGUUUUGUAGGAGUGCUGGAGGUGGGCGAGUACCCCUGCCCAGAGGGCUGGGGUUUCUCCGAGCCCUUCAUCGGCUCGCUCAGACCCCUCCGAAUGGGAGCAAUAAGGGUGGAGCAUCCGCAUGAUGUCAAGGCUUUAGUUUUUGAGAAACCCAACUUUGAUGGAGAGUGCAUAGAAGUGGACGGUGAUGUGUACAAUUUGCAAGAAGCAGAAGAGGAGGAAUCAGACAAACAUGAUGAGAAUAAGAAAACAUUGCCUUCAGUGGGUUCUGUAAAGAUACUCGGUGGUCUCUGGGUGGGCUAUUUGGAGGCAGACUUUGAGGGUCAGCAGUACAUCCUUGAGGAGGGGGAGUAUCCUCACUGCAGUGACUGGGGAGGAUCUGAGGACGGGAUCCAGUCCCUUCGGCCUGCGUGCAAAGAUUUCCAGUCUCCACAUGUUAAACUCUUUAGUGAGCCGAACUUUGAUCAGCUGGGGCUCCAUGCCGACCUACUGGGUCCCAUCCUCAACAUGGGGGACAUCAGCCAUGGUAUAAGGACCCAGUCCGUCGACGUCAUGGGCGGAGUAUGGGUGGCAUUUGAAAAUCCUGGAUUCAGUGGAGAGCUCUAUGUGCUGGAGAAAGGCCUGUAUGCCAGCCCGGACGACUGGGGAGCCCAGAACUUCAAGAUCUCAUCCAUACAGCCAGUCUUCAAUGAGAUGCUGAUGGGAUCGACAAAAAACAAGGUGCAGCUCUACUCUGAGCCAGACUUCCAGGGAAGGAUGGUGGCUCUGGAGGAGAACACAGAAGCUCUGGAUGACGACUUUAUGCCCAGGUCCUGUAAGGUGGUGGUUGGCAGCUGGGUGGCCUAUGAAGGAGCAAAGUUCACAGAGAACAUGUAUGUGCUGGAGGAGGGAGACUAUUCCAACCCAGAGGCCAUGGGCUUCCUGUCCUCAGAUUCUACCAUCCGCUCCAUACACACCUCUGGACAUGCGCCGUCUCUGCCCUCCGUCAUCUUGUUCAGUAAGAUCGGCUGCAGAGGUCGCAGGGUGGUGUUAUGUAAUGGAAUUGUGAAUCUGCUGCAGGCGGGCCUGGACACACGCAUACGCUCCCUGGUGGUGGAGGGAGGAAUGUGGGUGUUGUAUGAAAGAAGUAACUACCGUGGUCGACAGCUGCUUCUUCAGCCAGGUGAAGUGCCUGACUUGUGCAAGUUAAGCAGCUUGCAGCAAAUAGGAUCCCUGCGUCCUUUACACCAGAAGCAGAUGUGCUUCUGCCUGCGGAACAGGGAGACAGGAUGUAUCAUGUCCCUGACAGGAACUUUGGAUGACAUUAAGCUGAUGAGGGUUCAGGCUGUGGAGGAGACCGGAGGAGUGGAGCAGGUCUGGCUCUAUCGGGACGGACACAUCACAUGCAAGCUGAUCGAGGACUGUUUCCUGGUUACCUCAGGCAGUUUGGUGAUGGCAGGGAGUCGGCUUUGUGUCUCCCCGGAGCGCGGCAAGGACAACCAGCUGUGGAACAUUACACCCGACGGCCUGGUGCGCUUCCACCUCCAACCUGAACUGGUCAUGGAGGUCAAAGGUGGUCAACAAUAUGACAAGAACCAGGUGAUCCUCAACACGUUUGAUGAGAGAAAGCUGAACCAAAGAUGGACCGUGGAGAUGCUGUGAGAAGAGAGGCUCUGUGCUGCAGCUGCAUCACAGGGGAACUGAGCCGUGUGAUGCAGCUGCAGGGUGGGACCUCCUCUUAUUGAGGAGUGCAACUAUUGACUGGACCAAUGUUCUUAUAUUAUUAACUUUGAAAAAACAACAUGCACUCAUGAAGCAGCGGAUGAAAUAGUUUCCUCUUUUUCAGAAUGAAUGUGUAAAUAAUACGUUGCUCAUUUUUGGCCUCUUGAUUUUAAACACUGUACAAUAACCAAAGACUCCAUCAUGGCCUGUGUGAUAGAACUGCAUGUAGUGAAAACUCCGCCCUGUUCCAAUGCUGCAAACCUGUCUUUACUCUACGGUACCUUUCUACUGCAUGGUUUCUCUGGUCUUAUCGUGGACAAAUCUGAAUGUAUGCUUCACACUGAUGGCUGCAAUAUGAAGUCCGACGUGCCUACACUCCAAAGAUGUCUUCUUUUUCUAAUAACUGUGGAUCAAAGAAGGUCUAUUGUAAAGUUUUGAUAUAUUUUUAGGAUUUAAUAGGUUUUACACUUUUUAAACCAACUGUUCUUUACUUCUUUAGGUUGUACAUAAGCAUCAAGUGUAUAGAUUAGAGUUUAAAUGUCAAAGCAGGACUGCAAUGAUGAUGCUGCCCACUGUUAAUUGUAAAUAUGUGAAUGUAAAAGAGGAAACUGUUACACAUGAAAAUAAAAAAAGUUUCUCCAUGCUGCAA